AUGCCGACACCAAAGGGGCGAAAUCGUAAAGCAAGACGGGCGGCGGCAGCGUCCCCGAAAUCUGCUGCUGACCCAGCACCAGAGGCAGAGGCCGGGAGUUCGAAAGCAACAGUGGAAGGCAAGGGAGCUGCCAGCCACGAGAAGCAGCGGCGACAGCAGCAGCGGCAGCAACAGCUCGAACCUAGCAACAAGGAGAAGGCCGCGAGUGUCGUCGCUCCUGACGCCUUGCCAGGUGGGCAGGGCUCGACAUCCAAGGGGAAGGGCGGUGGCAGGAAGAAAGACACAACAGCCGCCAGGGGAACACACGGAAGGAAUGGUGGGAUACUCGGGGAAGAUGAAAGCGACAGCGACGACGAGGACGCGAACGCUAGCGCGAUGGAUCUGAAGGGGCUGGCGGAAACCGACCCAGAGUUUUACAGUUUCUUGCAGAAAGAGGAACCUACCUUGCUUGAGUUCGACCCGAUGGACAGCGACGACUCCGAGGAUGAGGACGGAGACGGAGGGGAGGGCGGGGGUGCGGCUGCAAAGGGGGCGGACGGAGAGGCAGGGGCGGAGACGACUACCACCAAGAGCACGGCGGCACUCCUUCGGGAAGCUUCCAAGGGUGGGGGAGUACCUCUGACGAUGCCGCUUCUCAAGGCCAUGCGACAAGAGGCGUUCGACCGAACGAGCAUCCAGGGAGUUCGGAGGAUGAUCAAGGCCUUCCGCUGCGGCUGCCACCUUGGCGACGAGGCCGCCGAGGGAAAGGCUGGCAGCGGGGGCGGCGGCAGCGGCGUUCAGCAGAAGUUCCGCAUCCCAAGCAGCGAAGUAUACAACGAGCUCAUGGUGUGUUCCCUCGAAGGCCUUCACUCGGCCUUCAUGCACCUCCUUUUCCCCGGGAGGGAGAGCAAGACCGCAGCGGAACCUCCGGUCACCGCAAGCGGCAGCAGUAGCGAAGGCGCCAAGAAAAAGCGCAGGCGCGACGAGGAUGAGGGAGACGGGGAGGGCGCCGCGGUCGCCGCUACGGGCAGCAGCAGCAGCGGGCCAAACAAGAAGAAGAAACAAAAACGCAAGGGAGGCACCCCGAUAGCCGCAACCGAUGACGACAAAGACGGUGAUUCGGGGGGGGGGGGACUCCAGGGGGGAAGCGCUCGACAAAGCGUCAUGGGAGCUGGUGCUGAGAGGGGGGGGGCACCGCAGGAGGAUGGUGGGGGGGGUGCGCUUGCACGGGGGCGGUCAAGGGUGGCGGCGGCGGUGAUCUUGACGAAGGAGGACUUUCGGGCGGCGGCGUUGCUUCCCGCUUGGAAGCCCAUUCAACCCGCGCUCUACAGUUUCUUCAAGUCGCUGCUCCACGUGCUAGACGAGCUGCACGACAGGGCCCUCCUAAGCUUUCUGCUGUCGAGGCUAGAGCACUACGUACCUCUGCUGGUCCCGUUCCCGGGCCUCGCGAGGGGUUUCCUAAAGACCUUGCUUGGACUGUGGGGGGGUGCGGGGGCAGAGGCGAAGAGUUCCGGAGGGGGCACGGAGCAAGAGGGCGAGGAAGCCGAGAGGGUCCGGUUGCUGGCCUACCUCCGGGUGCGGCAGAUGGCUGCAGCGCUGCCGUUCCCCUUCGUAGAAGGCUGUAUGAAGAGGCUCUACCUGGCCUUCGCAAAGAGGGCAAGGGCACCCCCUGCCUCCCAGUCGGGCAAGGUCUCGCUGAGGGUCAUGGAGGGCUGUGUGGUGGAGCUGUACGGCAUGGAUGUGGGGUCCGCGUACCAGAACGCCUUCCUCUACAUCCGGCAGCUGUCCCUCCUGCUUCGACGCGCCAUGCAGCACAGGACGAAAGACUCGGUACAGGCCGUGCGACGGUGGCAGGUGGUGACGUGCCUCCGCGUGUGGACAGGGGUGCUGGCUGCCGCCCCCGGGGAGGACGAGCUGAGAAUGCUCAUCUUCCCGCUGGCGCAGGUGAUCGAAGGGAUCGUGCGUCUCUCGGCUACCCUGCGACACUCGCCGCUGGUGUUUCAGCUGGUGCGCAUGAGGCAGAGGCUUGCCGCUGCGGCUGAGCUGUACGUCCCGUGCGCGACUCCCCUGCUGGAGGUCAUCAGGAGUCCCGCUCUUUUCAAGAAGGCAACGGCUUCGACAGGGGCUCCGCCGAAUGUUCCCGCCAUCCUGCGGCUGGGCAAGACGCAGGUCGACGAAGGGAGGGCGCAAGGAGCGGUGGUAGAGGAGGCCCUCAGGCUGCUGGGACAGGAGAUGGAUUUGUACCGCUAUUCGGCGGCGUUUCCGGAGCUGGUGCUGCCCGUGCUGGGACACCUCAAAAAGUUCGCCAAGCUCACGAAGGUGUCGAAGUGGCGGAUGAUGACGAGGGGCCUGGUGGAAACCCUAGAGACGAGAGCCACUUGGGCGGCGGGAAAGCGGCUGGAGCUUGGCAUAUGCCCGUCUGAGGUGGAGGGGCUAGAAGUGUUACGGCCAGAGGGGGCCCCGUCGAUGCGCAAACGCCUCGGGGCGUCGGAGUCCGAGGUAGAACGCGUGGUCGACGAUGAGAAUACACCGCUCUCAUCGAAACCUACCGCCGCCGUUACGACCAAGGGGAAAUCGUCCGAGAACAAGAAGACCAAGAAGCAGAAAGGCAACGCUGUUCAAGGCCAUGACGACGACACGGAAGACGACGACAGCGAUGACGGAAGCAGCACCCCCAAGCGCAAGAGGUCCUCCGGCGGCGGUGGUAAAGCGAAGCCCCCAAGCGCUGCUGGGGCCGCUGGCGACAUCUCGGCACCCGACCUGGUGGAGGACCUCGGGGCAUGGAGCGACACCGAAUGGGAUUGA